CCUGCUUUUGUUGCAUGUAGGAGGAGAAGGACAAUGGCGAUGACGGUGAUUCAGCCGACGUUGAUGCGCACCUGACUGCAGAGAUGGACCGUGCUCUGCAGAAUGCCUGGAUGACGGGAACAGAUGAGGCUUUCUCCCAGCUGCUCUACUACAUCCUCUCAGACAAUGUCUCAGUCGAGUACCGUCACAGUGAGACGAGUGCCACGGCACUUAUGUUAGCAGCUGGUCGAGGCAAGGUGGAAAUAGUGGAGGAGCUGCUGUCUCUCGGAGCAGACCCCCUGGCUCGCGCAUCAAACGACUGGACGGCCCUUGAUUGGGCACAGCACUUUCACCAGUCGGGGACAGCCGAAGUUAUCCUGGCUCACUUGUUGGUCAUGCAGAACGGGCUUUCAAGGUCGGAUGACUCUGUUGGCAUGGCUGAGCAGGAGUUCACAGCGGCUGAGCGUGAGCAGCUGGAUUUGUACCUGCGCACAACGAAUGAUGACGAGACCGACCUAGACUUGCUGCUAGCCCUUCUGCAGAAAGUCCAUGCGAGUUCUGAAGAUGGUGCCAUUUUGGUGUUCCUUCCUGGGUUCGAUGACAUGAGCACGUUGAGGGAUAAAAUCCUGGCAGAUAAGAAUUUUUCUGGACAGAAAAGGUAUGUCCUGUACAUGCUACAUUCAAACCUGCAGUGUAGUGAGCAGCGGCUGGUCUUCAACACAAUGCCACCUGGGGUUCGAAAAAUUGUUCUGUCAACCAAUAUUGCUGAGACAAGCAUCACCAUCAGCGAUGUCACUUUUGUCAUCGACUCCGGCAAAGUUAAAGAGAAGUCAUUUGACAGCCUGACCGGCACCAGCCUGCUCAAGUCUGUGUGGGUGAGCCAGGCAAGUGCCAUGCAGCGUCGAGGCCGGGCGGGCCGCACCCACCCCAAUGGCGUCUGCUUCCACCUAAUGAGUCGACAGCGCUUCUGCAGCUUGGCUUCUUUCCAGCAGCCCGAGCUGCUGCGCCUACCACUUCAGGAAUUGUGCCUCCAGGCAAAGCUUCUUGUGCCACCUAACGUCCCCAUAGCUGACUUUCUGGCACGAGCUCCGGAUCCACCUGCGUUCUUAGUCACGAGAACAGCUGUCACCCUCCUGAAGACCAUCGAUGCAUUGGACCCAUCUGAGCAGCUAACAGAGAUGGGCCUACACUUGCUCGACCUUCCCAUUGAGCCACACCUGGGGAAGAUGGUGCUCUAUGCAGUUGUACUCAAGUGCCUCGACCCAGUGCUUACAAUUGUUUGCUGCAUUGCUGUCAAGGACCCCUUUGUGCUCCCCACGCAACCGGGCCAGAAGCGACCUGCUUACUUAGCGAGGCGCAAGCUGGCUGGUGGCACCUACAGCGACCACAUGGCUCUUCUUGCAGCAUUUCAGCGCUGGCAGAAGGCCCGUGCCGAGAACUCUGAGCGCUACUUCUGUGAGCGGCACUUCGUGUCUGGCGCCACCAUGUCCACCGCAUUGGCUGUACGGGGCCAGCUGCUGGGCCAGCUUCGGGCAUCGGGCUUUGUGCGGUCACGUGGCGGUGGUGACAUUCGUGACCUCAACACCAACUCUGACAACUGGGCUGUGGUCAAGGCAGCUCUCUGUGCAGGCUCCUACCCAAACCUCCUGAGAGUUGACCGGGAACGCCGGCAGCUGGUUGCCCAGCGUGCCUCGCGAGUGCGGUUUGGGUCACGUUCAGUCCUGUCCCAGCCGGAACCUCAUAGCUUGGGUGCACCAGGAGCAGCCAACACUCGUGACGGGGUUGUGGCCUCGUUGCCCACUGACUGGCUCAUCUAUGGCGAGUUGGCCAGAGCGGGGCCCACAGCCUUUGCCCACAUGUGCACACUGGUCUCGCCCGUAACAGUGGCACUGUUUGCUGGCCCCCAGCGCCUUCCUCUGGAUGCACUGUAUGAGCCGCAAAAUGCAUAG